UGCUUCUCUGCGUCGCCGGCAGCUGCUCGUCCGCUCGCUCGUCCUGCCGCUGCGGUGCCGCCGAUCCCCACCCAUGGCCGCGAGGCGGGCGCUGAUCGUGCUGGCCCACCAGGAACCGGGCUCCUUCAACCACGCCUUGCAGCGGGCGGCCGUCGAGGCGCUGGAGAGCGGCGGCUGGAGCGUGGCCGUCUCCGACCUCUACGCGCAGCACUUCCAGCCGGUCCUGUCGCGCGCGGACUUCGCCGGCGACCCCGACGACCCGCGCAACCUCAACUACGCGAAGGAGGCCGGGCUGGCCUGGGAGGAAGGCCGCCUUAGCAGCGACAUCCUGGGCGAGGUGGAGAAGCUGGAGGCCGCCGACCUCGUCAUCUUCCAGUUCCCUCUGCAUUGGCUCGGCCUCCCGGCCAUCCUGAAAGGCUGGUUCGACCGCAUCCUCAUCCAGGGCUUUGCCUACUCCUACGGCGCUAUGUACGACCAGGGGCCCUUCCAGAAGAAGAAGGCUGUGCUGUCCUUCACCACUGCCGGGAUGGGCUCCAUGUACACCCCAGCGGGCAUCAAUGGAGACAUUAACAUCAUGCUCUGGCCGAUACAGAGUGGCACCCUUCAUUUCUGCGGCUUCCAAGUCUUGGCUCCCCAGAUUGCUUUCAGCAUCGGCCAGCGCACUCCGGAGGACGUCCGUUCCCAAAUCCUGGAGGACUGGAAGAAGAGACUGGCAACCAUCUGGGAAGAGGAGCCCCUCCGCUUUGCCCCAAACUGCCUUUUUGAGCUGAAUCCGGCUCAGGGGUUUGUGCUGAAGGAAGAUGUCAGGGAAGAGCAGGAAAGGGAGCCCUACGGGCUGACUGUGGGCCAGCACCUGGGGAAGCCAUUCCCACCAGACAGCCAAGUCAAGGCCCAGGAGAAGCGACUGUCCCGUUGGGAAGCUGUGUAGGGCUGCAGUGGCCAUGAGCCCUUCUCCCCCUCCCCUAGAAAUCAGCCGGAGCAGGGAAAGGGGCCCCUCCGCAACAGGGCCUAGUUAAGACAAUGGGGGGUCUUUCAGGCUCUUUCCCUUGGUGGUGUAAUUGGGGGCUUCCAUUGCCUGGAAGGGCUGCUGGCCACGGGGUCUGCUAGCCUUGCUUCAGCACUUGUGUGCCUAAACCCUGGGGGCCUUUCAACGUAUUUAGGGGGCUGUCGGUGCCUGCUUUUAAUC